AUGAAUCGACUGUUUGGGACAAAGAAUUCGGCUCCCAAGCCGACACUUGACAAUGCCAUCGCCGGAGUGGACAACCGCGUUGCAAGUAUCGACGUCAAACUAGCCGCCCUCAACUCGGAGCUCUCUACCUAUCAGACCAAGAUCGCGAGGAUGCGUGAUGGACCGGGCAAAACCGCCCUCCGCCAAAAGGCCCUCAAGGUUCUACAGCGUCGCAAACAGUACGAGGCGCAGAGGGAUCAGCUGUCCCAACAGUCCUGGAAUAUGGAGCAGGCCGGGAUGAUGCAGGAUAAUCUGAAGAAUGUGAUGACAACGGUCGAUGCGAUGAAGACAACGACAUCGACUCUGAAAAAGCAAUAUGGCAAGAUCGACAUAGAUAAGAUCGAGCGGAUGCAGGAUGAGAUGGCAGAUUUGAUGGAGGUAGGCAAUGAGAUCCAGGAGAGCAUAUCGCGCGCCUACGAUGUCCCGGAGGAUGUGGACGAGGCCGAACUCGACGCGGAGCUGGAGGCUUUGGGAGAGGAGACCAUGAUGGAGAGCUCCAUGGGCGAAAGUACGAUGCCCAGUUUCCUGCAGGAUGAGGUGGCUCCACCCCAGUUUAUCGACGAGCCGCCCGAGCAGACCAAGGUCAAGGAGCCCGCUGGCGGCUUGGGCUAA